ACGAUGGCGACCAAUCCGUGGCAUCCCGUUCAGGCCCCUGCAGCGUCUUCCCUGAUAGAGCGGUGUCUGGGGGCCGGAGUCCUGACACAGGACACACUGGACCAAGCUCGGGAAGAGACCUCAGUCUUUAGUCGUGUAGACGAGCUGGAGAAGAUUUCUGCGCUCAAGGCUGAAAUUAGAGAGAAGAGUCUGGAGCUGGAAUUGCUGAAGGCUGAGAAAGAGACUGCAGACAUCACUCAUCCAUUUUUCCUCAGACAAAAAUGUGAGGCCCUACAAACACUAAACAGCCACUUGGAGGACGUUCUGAGAGAGAAACGUAGUCUGAGACAAAGGCUGGCUAAACCAUUGUGCCAGGAAAAUUUGCCCAUUGAAGCAUCAAACCACAGGUUUGCUGCUGCUCUUUUGCCCCUCGGUGUUAAAUUCAUUGAGAAUUUAGAAUUCUACAUCCAGACCAUCCGGAAAAUUCCUGAGAUACCAGACUGUGCUAAAAAAUCUGGACACGGCUUUGGUGAGGAUGGAAUCUAUCGAGGCUGAUUUAGAGGAACUGUCUGAGCAGAUCUUAACUUGGAGAGAAAAACAGAUUAACCUUCUCCAAGGCAACUUCCCAGGCAACACACAAGCAAGUUCCAGCAGUAUAAAAGAAUCAACUUCUUAUUUAUCAAUUGAAAACCUGCACCACUAA